AUGGCAAUUCAAUACCGUCCCUUGGAUCGUUCACAAAACGAAAUCAGACUUUUGAAACUUUUGCCACAAGGAGGCGAUGACAAGUACAAGUUUAUCCCCGCCUGCCAAAUUUUUUAUGCGAGCCUCCUUGACGAGCCACAAUACGUAGCCCUUUCUUAUGUUUGGGGCAAUCAAGAGACCAACCGUGUAAUACUCGUCGACGAUUUACAGGUGCGCGUAAGAGAAAACCUUUACGACGCUAUGAUGGCGCUGAGGACCAUUCACAAUAAUUUAAUUAUAUGGAUCGACUCUCUUUGCAUCGACCAAGCGAAUUACCAAGAGAAAAGCUGGCAAGUUGAGCUUAUGAAAGAUAUCUAUCGACAAGCUACACGAGUCUAUGCCUGGCUUGGGCGCGCAGAUCGUGAUAGUGAUCGUGUCAUGGAUUAUUUGAACACUUUUGGCGCGAAAGCAGAAGCUUAUGAAAUCAAGAGCGUGGAAGGUCAUCAUCUAGAGAUUUGGCGAAGUUUGGCAUCUCGGGAAGCUGCAAUUGACAACCCGAUGCAGCAGAGUGUCAUGGCAGACACGAAUGAGGGCAACCUGCGGAUCAAUCGACGCCGAGAUUUGGACAGGCUCUUUUACUCCAUAAGUGGGUGGCACCAACAAAACAAUCUUUUACCGGUUCAUGGAAUGCAGCGUCUCUUCACGCGACCAUUGUGGGGACGGAUAUGGAUUUUACAGGAAAUAACCCUUCCGGAAAAUGCAGAGUUCCUUUGUGGAACUAAAAGAAUCGGCCGAUCUCGCUGCAGCGCAGCCAUCAAUGCAUAUGCGGCAUUAUGGAUCAUCCUCAUGCAGAAAGGCCAGAAGGAGCCACUAUCUACGCAAUAUCAUAUCACAAUCACCACUCGGCUCUUCCAUUACAGACCUAAUUUCAUGCUAUCUUCGUGGAGAAUAUAUAGGGAUAGCCAGUUCCCCCUUGCAGCUCUUCUCCGUGCCACUUGUGUUGGAAGCAAUAAUCUUGGUCGUCAUGGACCCCACCACUUCGAGUCAACGGAUCCCCGAGACAAGAUAUUCGCUCUGUUGAGCCUGGCAUCCGAUCGAGAAGAUCUGAAGCGAAGAGGUGUCUUUCCGGACUAUUCCCGGUCCUGCGCCGAGAUCUACACAUCGGCCAUGGCAGCUUUCCUUCAGCAAGGUUACAUGUCGCUCCUCUCAUGUUGCCAAGCGCCUAAGCUGCGGCUUGGUCUACCUUCCUGGGUCCCAGACUGGUCUCGAUCAGUAACUCAUAUGUUACAGGACGUGGAAAAUGACCACGUCACCCUGUAUCCUACAUUUAGGGCGUCUGGAACGGAUUGGCACCAGCCAAACAUCACUGUCAAAAGAGUGAAGGGGUUGAUCCAGGGAAUAUUGGUGAUGGGCACAGUAUAUGACGAGAUCGACGUGGCCGGAAGUUUUCCAGGAAGAGCUUCCAGCAAGGAAGUGCCUCUUUUUGAGACAUUCUCAUGGCCACAAAAAUGGCUAAUCGAAAUCCUCCGCCUUACCUAUCGUAAAUCGCAAUAUUUUGAGGAUUUCAGAGACCGGCUACAUGCGGCAACGAGAUCAUCCAUUGCAGGCGCUGGAUUGGACCGACACGCAAGACCCGUCAGGGCCCAAGAUAAUCGCUUUUCUGAGGCCGUGCAGCUAGUGAAAAGCGGUAUGCAAUACAUCACAGAAGAAGAUCUCAAAUCUGAUGUUCAGCGAUUCUUGGCCACCAAGGCUGCCAAAGAAGUCAUCGAAGGUAGGACCUCAGCAGACAUAAGGCUAUGCUCGGAAAUCAUCGGAAAGAGUCUAGGCCGACUUCCAUUUAUUAGUCGAAAAGGACAUUUAGUCGUCAGCUCUGAACAUGUCAAACGGGGCGACGUCAUCGCACUUAUCAAAGGUACUCAAGUCCCUUUUAUUCUUCGUCGUCGAACUGGUGGAGUGUACAAGUUGGUCAGCGAAGCGUAUGUUGAUGGUAUCAUGGAUGGCGAAGUAGCGGAGGAUGUGAAGUUUGCUCCAGUAGAGCUAGUCUAG